CGGCCGCGAGGCAGGAUUCAGCACUGAAAACCCUGGGGACAGAAGGCCUCUUCCUCUUCUCCUCCCUGGAUGCUGACCGGGACAUGUACAUCAGCCCGGAGGAGUUCAAGCCCAUCGCUGAGAAGCUGACAGGGUCGACUCCUACGGCCAGCUACGAGGAGGAGGAGCUGCCCCCUGACCCCAGCGAGGAGACUCUCACCAUAGAAGCCCGAUUCCAGCCCCUGCUUCCAGAGUCCAUGACCAAGAGCAAAGAUGGGUUCCUAGGAGUCUCCCGCCUGGCCCUGUCCGGCCUCCGCAACUGGACGACGGCAGCCUUGCCGAGCGCUGUGUUUGCCGCCCGCCACUUCCGGCCCUUCCUCCCGCCCCGGGGCCACGUGGAGCUGGGCGAGCCCUGGUGGAUCAUCCCCAGUGAGUUGAGUGUCUUCACCGGCUACCUGUCCAACAACCGCUUCUACCCACCGCCGCCCAAGGGCAAGGAGGUCAUCAUCCAUCGGCUCCUGAGCAUGUUCCACCCGCGGCCCUUCGUGAAGACCCGCUUUGCCCCUCAGGGGGCCGUGGCCUGCCUGACCGCCAUCAGCGACUUCUAUUACACCGUGAUGUUCCGCAUCCAUGCCGAGUUCCAGCUCAGCGAGCCCCCCGACUUCCCCUUCUGGUUCUCCCCCGGCCAGUUCACCGGCCACAUCAUCCUCUCCAAAGACGCCACCCACGUCCGCGACUUCCGGCUCUUCGUGCCCAACCACAGGUCUCUGAAUGUGGACAUGGAGUGGCUGUACGGGGCCAGCGAGGGCAGCAACAUGGAGGUGGACAUCGGCUACAUACCCCAGAUGGAGCUGGAGGCGCUGGGCCCCUCGGUGCCCUCCGUGAUCCUGGACGAGGAUGGCAACCUGAUCGACAGCCGCCUGCCCUCAGGGGAGCCCCUCCAGUUUGUGUUUGAGGAGAUCCAGUGGCAGCAGGAGCUGAGCUGGGAGGAAGCAGCCCGGCGCCUGGAGGUUGCCAUGUACCCCUUCAAGAAGGUCACCUACCUGCCAUUCACCGAGGCCUUUGACCAAGCCAAGGCCAAGAACAAGCUGGUGCACUCAAUCCUGCUGUGGGGGGCCCUGGACGACCAGUCCUGCUGAGGUUCGGGGCGGACUCUCCGGGAGACCGUCCUGGAAAGUUCGCCCAUCCUCGCCCUCCUCAACGAGAGCUUCAUCAGCACCUGGUCCCUGGUGAAGGAGCUGGAGGACCUGCAGAACAACCAGGAGAACCCAUCCCACCGGCAGCUGGCUGGCCUGCACCUGGAGAAGUACAGCUUCCCCGUGGAGAUGAUGAUCUGCCUGCCCAACGGCACCGUGGUCCACCACAUCAACGCCAACUACUUCUUGGACAUCACCUCCAUGAAGCCCGAGGACAUUGAGAACCACGUCUUCAGCUUCUCGUCCACCUUUGAAGACCCGUCCACGGCCACCUACAUGCAGUUCCUGAAGGAGGGCCUCCGGCGCGGCCUGCCCCUCCUCCAGCCCUAGUGAGCCUGCCUGCCGGUGAGACAGCAGCUGGACAGGGAGCUGGACAGGCCUCUCCUCCGGGGAGCUCCAGAGCAGCCUUCCCAUGUGUCACGCACCAAGCCCUCCCGCUCCGCCUCUCAGGCUGCCCGUGGGGACCGGGGUCAGCUAAUGGCGGCCAUCCGAGCUUUGCCUCGGAGGUGGGUGGACAGGGGGUCCUAGGCCGACCUUGAGCGCUGGCUGCCACCACCAGUCUUUAACUGCAUUCCUGGUUCUGGAAGCUGCUUGGGACCCCGAAGGAGAUGGCCUGCGGUCAUCUCCCUGGACCUCUGCCACUCAGGCACAUAGUCCCAGCCCUUGCAGGGCAAACAGUAAGGAAAAAUGGGUGCUAGAAAGACAGGGCCACCCCCUCCCCUACCUUCACCCCUUCCAAAAGAGACAUCAAGAAGCCUUGGCCUGGGGUCAGGGGAGGCUGCCACGGAAGCACUCCUGUUUGUCUGGAGCCUUCUUCCAGGCCAGAGGCCUGCCUGGCUGCCCUCCUGCGCCUGGUGUCCGCCCCCCGCCCCCCAGGUGACGUCAGCCUUCCAGAAGCUCUGGGCAGAACCCUCCUUCAGAAGGGGGAAUCAUACUGUACCCCUGCUAUUCUCCAGAACACUCAAUCCAAUCUGACGGAAGGACCCCAGAACCUAUUUCAGGACUUCCUGGAGGCCUGCUCUCUGGGAGGUUUUCUGUGAAGGAAGCUUCUGCCCUUGACAAGGAGCCCACUGAGGUCAAGGGCCUCAGCUUCCCCUCCGGCCUACCCCAGCAUGGGUCACAGCGAGACACACGGAGCCAGUGUCUCCAUAACACCCCCCCACCCCAGACCUCAGCUCCACAGAAACAUCGCCCAAAGAAUGCAGCCUCCCCCAGAGCAGGCGCUGUCCCAGCUGUCAGGCAGCCCAGACCAGGUUGUCUCCCACUGGGUGGCCACUAACUCCCCUUGGCCGCUCUGAGUCCACAUCCCGAGCCACUGACCACGGCCAGUCUUUUUGUUUUCUUUUUUUUAUACAUGCAGAAAGCGUUUUUAUGUGAACUUUCUCACAGUUUAUAUGUAUUUUUGAUAGCCCCUGCCCUGAGGAGAAAGAAGGGGGCGAUGGUGUCCCCCCAGCAGCCGCCCCAUGAUGGCUGGAUCUGAAAGCUUAGGUGGAUCCAGCUUGAUGUCUUUGCAGUUGCUGCUGUGGGAAGAAACAUCCCCCUCUCUUCCUUCUUCUCGACCAACUUUUAAAAAAUAGCCCCCAGGGGGUCCGUAUACCCCCAACUGUAUCCUUAUCCUCCACUCGGGCCCUUGAGGAGCCCUGGGGCUUUCACGAAGGCCCCUCCCCACCCCUACAUGUGCCCCGCCCCCGCCCCACUGGGGUUGAGGGGCUCCCUCUUCACCCUGAAAGGGGAAGGAAGGCAAACAUCUCCUCAGAUGCACUCCCCGGCCUCCCACCUGCUGAGUUCCCCUGCCCACUAGAGUUUCCACACUGAGCCUUCCUCAUCACGGUCUUGUUCUUGAUGUUAUAUCACGCAUCACGAUAACAGCUAGUUACUGAGAGCUUUCUAUCUAAGGCACUCUGUUAAGAUGACAUUAUUUUCUCAUUUGCUCCUCACAACAAAGGACACAAGGCGGAUAGUCAUCAUUCCCAUUUUGUAGAUGAAGGAGCCGAGUCUCAGGAAAGUGAAGUGACUUGCCCAAGGUGACUCAGUGGUAGAGUUGACUGUGUCUUGAUGUUGGGAGUGUUUGGUCUUGUCCCUCCCACCUCUCUCCCCUGCCUGUUUCACUGAGGCAAAAAAGAAAGCCUUUCAAACCAAAACAUCGGGUUCCCCUGCCUUCUCUAGAGCAAAUGGGGCAUGAGCCGGCAAGCGUGGCCGGGUUCUUUGUGUCCCUCCUGGGAGCCAGUGCUUUCACGCCGCUUACAGGGAGGGAGGGCACUAAACGUGUCUCAGUGCUUCCAGGCAUGGGUGGCAGUAGCCCGUCCCACUAGCCACCUGGCAUCAGCACUCAGCCCUCCCACCCAGCAGGCUCUCCCCCCUCAUGCUGGGCUAAGAAGGCCAGCGCCAUGAUGAGGGAUCCUUGUCCCAUGGAAAGUAACGCUUGCACUUCCUGCAUCCUCUCCUGAUGCCUCUGCCUGACCCCCGACUGUGCUCAAAGGCUCAUGGUGGGGGAGGCCCGCAGCUGCCCUCUUGUCACCCUCCUCCACUUCCCUCCUCUGUCCCCAGUGUGUCCUAUAAUAAAAUUGAAGAGAUUA